AACCAAAGCGCAAAAGUUUUGCCCCGUGCGACCCGCAAAAGCUGGUUAAACCGUGCCUAUACCCGCCACACAAGUAACUUAAUGGCAUAUUCCCUCCUUGACUCUCAUCCUGUCCGUCCAAUGCUAGUGUCUAAGACUAGUAAGUAGCUGGCUUAUCGCCUCAUACCCACGAAUCCCUCGGCCUGUUCGUCAUGGCGGAUGGCAAGAGGAAGAAGUGCAAGAUCAUGGAAGGAGGAGGUGGAAGUGGAAGUGGAGGUGGGGGACUGGAUCAGCUCCCCAUGGCAUUGCUGCAGAGCAUAUUGAGCAAGCUGGAUGUACCUUCCAUAUGCGCAGCUGGUGGAUCCUGCAAGCUCCUCAACGCCUGUGCAGCUCAUACAUUCUCCUUCCUACACUCGUUUCAUCUUCUGGUUCGCAACAUUAACAUUUCUUCUCAUUAACCUCAAUCGUUGCUACCCAUAUAUAAAUUAAUAACCCAAGAGGAGAUCAGCACAAGCUUCUAUUUUUUCGUGUACCCAAAAUCCUCAUACCCUCAUUAGAGUUUGUACGGUGAACCCAGUAGAGGUUUUUUAGAUGUUCUCUGAAAGCUGGGCUCGUUAUAUUAAAAGAUGUUUGGUGGGGACCUUUCUGCUACACUUGAAAUGUUGCAGCAUUUAAUUCCUUCCAAUGUGGCUCUUAGAAGUUUAAAAUUAGAUUGUGCCCAACUUGACGAUUCAUCCAUCAAGUAUCUUGCCAUCCCACAACUGGAAGAACUCUCUCUUCAGAGCUGUGACAGUUUUACUGCCGGACUUCUGUUUGAGAUUGGAGAAAAUUGCAAAAAACUGCGAUCGUUAUCCAUUGAGCUGGGUUGGAUAGAUGACAAACCAGAUAUUUUGAGCUACACAGCUGGGCUUGAACAGUUGCUCAGAGGUUGCUCUCAGUUAGAAUCUCUUUGCUUGAUGUUUGAUGGAUCACCAUUUGAUAAUCGUAAGUUUGCUGCAAUUUGGGGGCUGGCUGCACCAACACUUAAAGUCCUUGAUCUUGGUUAUGUAUUAGAGAAAGAUGUGAAGGAAAUAUUUAAUUUAAAAAAUUCCCAUCUUAGUAAAUCUCUGCUUUGUCACUCCACCAUUCAAAUGAAAGAGGAUAAGAACAGAGUUUUUCCAAACUUACAGAAACUGUGUCUAGCCUUAGAUUGGAUCUCAGACUCUCUUAUGGGUAUCAUUUCAAAAAAUCUACCGUUUCUCACUCAUUUGGAUCUUCGAGAUGAACCUGUUGAAGAACCGUAUGCAGCUGUGGACUUGACAAACUGGGGCAUUCAACAAACCAGUGGGUGUUCAAGAUUGCGACACUUGUCGUUGGUUAGAAGCCAGGAGUUUUGUCCUACAUCCUUCAAAAGGGUUAAUGAUCUUGGGAUUCUUCUAAUGGCAGAAAAUUGCUCAAAUUUGGAAAGUAUAAGGCUUGGUGGUUUCUGCCGUAUUACAGAUGCAGGUUUCCGGGCUAUUCUACAUGCAUGUCCAAACUUGCAAAAGCUUGAAUUGUUGCGCACAACUCAGCUGACAGAUCUGGUAUUUCAUGAUAUUUCUGCAACUCCCCUUUCUCUAGCUCACGUAAGCUUGAGGUCUUGCGAUUUGAUUACUGAUUUUUCUAUUAUUAAUUUGGUAUACUGUAAAAACCUACAAGUUCUUGAUUUAAAGGGGUGCCGGGGUGUUGGGGAUGAUGCCCUGAAGGCUGUCUCAUUCCUCACAAAAUUGAAAACAUUGCAAUUGAACAGUUCUGAUAUCAGUGAUCUUGGCUUAUCCUAUUUAGGAAGUGGCAAUGCUCCUCUGGUUUCACUCUCUUUGAGAAGCUGUCCAAGAGUAACUCACAGGGGCAUAUCUUCUCUAGUUGCCGGUUCCCUUGUUCAAACAUUGCAAAACCUUGACUUGUCCAAUAUUCCAAAUUUAACUGAUAAUGCAAUUAAAGCCUUAGGCAAGAGUGGCGUGCAGAUUGUGGAACUUCGACUCCGGGAAUGCCCUCGUAUUACUGAUACAUCUAUCAUGGUACUGGCAUCGAUGCAGAUUCCGGGCCAAGGAUAUGGAUGCACACUAAGAUUAUUGGAUAUAUAUAAUAGUGGCGGUAUUACAGAACUUUCAUUUUUAUGGUUCAAAAAGCCUUAUUUUUCAAGAUUAAGAUGGUUGGGCAUAGGACUAAACUUGAAUGGAGACAUUGUAGAUACACUUGCAAAGAACCGACCAUUAUUGCGAAUAUCUCAGGGGCAUGAAAUAGACCGGGGCCGGCAAGAUCUGUCAGAUGGCUUUUUCAGGCACGAUAUUGAGGAAGAAGAUGAGCUCGAGCAGUGGCUGAGAAAUGAAGAAGAUCAGAAUGAGGAUGAAGAUGAAAUUGAACAAUGGUUACGAGUGGUUGAUGAAGUUGCUCUUCCUUCAUAAUUUAUGUAUGUAUGUCAAAUGUAAUUUUAAGAUAUUUUAAGGGGGUGCAUCUCGUCUCCCGUGCCCUCUGUUUUAUUAAAACCAAAACUGUAAACAAUACUAUUUGGCAUGAGAUAUCAUGCUUUUAUUCCUGUAAUAUUUAUCUGUAUUCCUUCAGAUAUUCUGUGAAGUGUUAUGGUACUUAAAUUUAAGAGUGCUUAAGAA